AUGCAUCCCAAUGUAAGAACGCUUGGUGAUACUCUUAAUGAAGGUUACAUUACCUCAAAUGAUGGACCAUGUGUAGGCAUUGUUCAAUCAUCGAAUGGUAUUAAUUCUUUACAAUGGCUUCCCUAUUCCAAAGUUAUAGAAAAAAGUCGAUGUAUUGGUUCAUAUUUAUGGGUUAAAACAAAACUUACUCCGAUGCAAUCGAAAGUGGCUAUUAUUUCAGCAAAUCGUGCUGAAUAUUUGUUUGUUGAACAUGCAUGUUAUCAAUAUGGAUUUGUCGUUGUUAGUCUUUAUACUACUUAUGAUUCUGCAACUAUUUUAAAUGUUCUUCAAAAGACUCAAGCUGAGGUACUUGUAGUUGAUAAUUUAGAACGUAUUCGAACCAUUCAAGAUGAUUUAUUCAAUAGUAAUCAAAUAAAAGAGAUAUUAGUCAUGGAUGGCAGUAGCUGUGAUGAGAAAAAUAAAAUUCGAUCUAUUUCAACAAUAUUUAAAUCAAUGCAGAAUAGUAAUAUACGUGAACGGCCAAUAGUUGAUCCAAAUAGUAUUGCUACAUUUAUAUUAACAAGUGGAACUACAGGAGAGCCAAAACUUGCAAUGAUCUCACAUGAAAAUCUAUUGGCAGCGGUGAAAGGUAAUCUUAUUCGUCUACAUCGACAAAAUAUUAAAAGACCACUUACCAAUAGCCAUUGUUCAUUUCUACCUAUGGCACAUAUAUUUGAAAGAUUUGUAAUCUUUCAAAUUCUAUUCGAAGGCACAGCAGUAGCUUUUUGUCCAGCUCCUGAAAAGCUCGUCGAAUAUUUAUCUAUAGUGAAACCAACUCAAGCUUCUGUUGUGCCACGUGUACUUAACAAAGUCUAUGAUACAAUUAUGAAUGAAGUUAAAAAAAGUCCAAUAAAAGAAUUUCUUGUUCGACAAGCAUUACAUGAACAAUUACCCUUUUUAUCACGUUUCGUCUUUCGAAAAGUUAGAGCCUUAUUCGGUGGUCAACUUCAGGGAAUAAUAACAGCAUCAGCUCCAAUAAAACCAGAUGUUAUGCAUUUUUUUCGUAUCGCAUUGGAUAUACCUAUAGUAGAAGGAUAUGGACAGACUGAAUCAUCGACGAUUGGUGCUAGUACACAUCCAAUUGAUAUGUCAUAUGGUACAGUUGGUUCACCUGGACCAAAUUCCGAAAUAAAAUUAAUUGAUGUACCAGACACAACCUACCGAUCUGAAAUGAAUCAAGGAGAAGUUUGUAUCCGUGGACCAGCUAUUUUUAAAGGCUAUUAUGGUGAUGAAUCAAAGACAAAAGAGGUGAUUGAUCAAGAUGGCUGGCUGCAUACAGGUGAUGUAGGAGAAUGGACAAGUAAUGGAGCAUUACGUAUUAUUGAUCGUGCAAAACAUAUAUUUAAAUUAAGUCAAGGAAAAUAUAUUGCACCAGAACGUCUUGAAGAUGUUUAUAUUCGUUCACAAUGGGUUGCACAAAUCUUUAUUGAUGGUAUUUCUAGUGAAGAAUCGGUCGUAGCUAUUGUGAUACCUGAUGAACAGUAUGUUCGAAAGAACUUUCAAGAAGUAAACACUGAAACAACAUUUGCCAAUUUAUGCAAGAAUGUCAAACUAAAAGAAAUUAUUUUAUCCGAUUUAAUACGAUUAGCAGAAGAAUCCAAACUUAAAACUUAUGAAACAUUAAGCAAUAUUCAUCUUCAUUCCGAAUUAUUUUCGCAUGACAACGAACUUCUUACAGUAACAUUCAAGACACGACGAAAUAAUGCUCGAAAACAUUUUCAAUCAAUUAUUAAAUCACUUUAUCAAACUGAUUCGACCAUGACAAGCAAAAAUUCAUUGAAAUAG